AACACCAAAUCACCGCUAUGAAAUAAAAUGGCGGCUUAUCCUAUCGCUACUGUAAAUAUGUUGAGUUGUUUUUCAAUUGUAACAUCGUUUUUGUUAAUAAAAUGCUUAGUAAAUAUAAAGUGAGGAUAAGUGAAGUGAAAAUUUACAUGAACUCUCUAUGUAUUUCGUUAUCAUUUGGAAUUAUGUAAGAACAAAGACGCAAAUCUAUGAUUUCUUCAAUGAAUCUUGCAACUAAUGAGUAUGAUAAUGGGAGACUCGCAUUUGUUGUUGUUUAUAACUAUUAUCUCAAUAAUUCAACAUUCUGUAGAUGCUGAAACUUAUGCGUGCCCACAAAAAUGUGAUUGCCUAGAGCAAUAUGUGGAUUGUUCUAAAAAGAAUUUCGCUUCUGUGCCAAAAAUUCCUAAGUGGGUGGAACAAUUGGAUCUCAGCUACAAUAGAUUGAAUGAAAAUGUAACUGGAGAAUUCAAAAAAUUGUUAGAUAUGAAAGUAUUGAAACUUGAUAAAAACUCAUUACAACAUAUACCUAGUAUUCUCCAACAUGAUCAAAUACAAGAAAUAAGUUUAAAUAGAAAUAAUAUUGGAUCCAUAGACAGAGGCCACUUUCCAGCUAAUUGUUCUCUAAGAACAUUGAAUUUAAACAGUAAUCAUAUUAAAAUUAUAGAAGAAGGAGCUUUAGACAAUCUGACAAACCUUGUUACAUUAAAAUUGAAUAGAAAUGAAAUAAAAUCACUUCCUAAUCACCUCUUUAUGUAUCAGUCAAAUCUAAAGACAUUAGAGCUCAAUCACAACAAACUGCAUACAAUUACGGGCUUACUAUUUCAAGGAUUAUCAAAUUUAACAACUCUUAAGCUGAAGUUUAAUAAUAUUGAUAAUAUAAUGGAUGGAGCCUUCUUUGGAUUUAUGUCUGUGAAUCAACUACAGUUAGAUCACAAUAAAAUAAAAAGUAUUUCUAAAGGAUGGAUGUAUGGUUUAGAGUCAUUAGUUACAUUAUCAUUAUCAAAUAACAUAAUAUCUGUUAUUGACUUAGGAAGUUGGGAAUUAUGUACAAAUUUAAAGGACCUCGAUUUGUCUCACAAUUACUUACUUGAAAUAGAAGGUUGCACUUUUCAGCAUUUGGAUAAUCUUCAAAUCCUCAAUUUGAGUUACAAUAAUAUCUCUUCAAUUCUUCAAGAAGCUUUUAGUCAUAUGUUUCUUUUACAAAGACUUUAUUUAAAUAACAAUAAAAUUUCCUGGACAGUUGAAGACAUGGCAGGACCAUUUUCUAAGUUACAUAAUUUAGUUAUUUUCAGUUUGGCUGCUAAUCAUAUAAAAUCUAUUAACUCACGAGCAUUUGAGGGGUUAACAAACCUGGUAGAAUUAGAUUUGAGAUGGAAUAAUAUAACAUCUAUUCAGCAGCAUGCAUUUGAUUCAAUGCCAAAACUCAAAAAGUUUCAUUUAAAUAGUUCGUUAUUAUUAUGUGAUUGCAACAUAUUGUGGUUGGUGAAAUGGAUAAGAGAGAAGGUUGAACAGAAAUAUAUUACUGCAACCUGUGCCUAUCCUUCUGAGGAAAGAGGGGUAUCAAUAUCCAAACUGAAAGAAGAUAGUUGUGGUGAUUCUCCAAAGCCAAGAGUAGUGGAACAUCCUAAAACACAUCUUGCCAUUAAAGGUCAUUCAGCCAAUUUAGUGUGUUCUGCAACAUCGAAUCCAUUUAAUAACAUGACAUUUUUAUGGAAAAAGAACAAUGGAAAUAUUAGCAAUCCUACAGUGUAUGAAAAUAUUACAAUGGCUAUGAGUGGUCAGCCACGUGCCACAUCUGUACUUAUUAUACCAAAUGUAACUCAUGCGGAUUCUGGCAAAUAUCAAUGCAUUGUGAGCAACAAUUUUGGUACUACAUACUCUUCAAAAGCGAAAGUGAACAUAGUUACUUUUCCUCGAUUCUUAAAGACACCUACUAAUGUAACAGUAAAAACUGGAGAGACUGUAACAUUAAACUGUGCUGCUACAGGGGAUCCGACUCCCGAAAUAUCUUGGAAAAAAGAUGGUGGGAAUGAUUUCCCUGCAGCAAGAGAGAGACGCAUGAAUGUGAUGCCAACUGACCACCUAUUCUUUAUUGUAAAUGCAAAAACCUCAGAUAUGGGUAUUUAUAGUUGUGCAGCUAAAAAUCCUGCUGGUACCAUAAUAGCUAAUGCUACAUUAUCAGUAUUGCAAGAACCAUCUUUUGUAAGAGUCAUGGAGAAUAAAGAAGUAACAAGUGGGGAUUCUGUAGUAUUACAAUGUAUGAUAUCUGGGUCACCAAAACCAGUAUUGAAGUGGUUAAAAGAUGGGACUCCAAUAACUCCCACAGACCGCCAUUAUCUGACAGCAGAUGAUCAGCUGUUGAUUAUCAUAGGUGCAGAAUCAAGUGAUGCAGGACGAUAUGAAUGUGAAAUCACUAAUGAGUUGGGAACUAAGAAAGACAUGACAGAAUUGAGAGUAUUGCCUCCAGUGGCCAUCAUGGUAAAUGAAGAAGAUAUGACUGGUAUUAUUAUUAUAACAGUUGUUUGCUGUGCAGUUGGUACAUCUAUUAUUUGGGUGGUUAUAAUAUACCACACAAGAAGACGCAUGGCCAGUACUGUGCGUUCAUUUCCCGCCGAAAGUAUAAAAAUGACUCAAGUAGUGCAUAGUGAUAGUGAAUCGCCUCAAAUGUUCCCAGACAAUAUAUCGGAGCACUCAUCAUGCAAAGAUAGUGGAACAGGUGAUUCAGCUAAACAAACGAGCUUUGAUGGUGUGCCUACAGAUAGAAGUGAUCAAGUGCAUUUUGAGACUGUUGUUUGCCGAAGUUAUUCUCCAGUGCCAGAAGCACACAAACUUCUUCCUUCAUCUUUUAAACCAUCUAUUCAAGUCUGUGUAAAUACAUCUGUAACACCAGCUACUUAUAGUUUUUCUAGUCACAGUGGUAAUAUUUAGGCUUAAUUAAAGAAAUAUUUCUGAUGAUAAUAGCAAAAAAAUAUUUUUACAUUGCAUUUUCACUAUUUACAUUUUGUUUACUUACCAGUACCUGGAUGAUAGAGACUUUGUGAAUAGAUGGUUUAAAAAUUAUUCUCAGUUAUGUUUCUAUACUCUAUUGUAUUUAAGUAUAUUUAUUUGCUUAUUUAUGAUUUAACAACCUGAUAAUUCAUGUGUGUAGUUAGUGAAAAAGCAUUGUCAUUAGGCAUCUAUUAAAUAUACUUGUUUGCUUAGUACAAAAUAGAACAAACUUGCCAGUAUUGGUUUUGAUGCAAAAGACUGAAUGUCAUUUAAGUGUAUGAACAUUGUUAUUUUCUUAUAGAUAAUAAACAUAAUUAUAAGGGAUGUUAUAUAUGGAAACACUUUUUUUUAUUCUUUGUUCAAUAUCCAUGCAAGUAUAAGAAGUCUUGAGAUUUUUAUUUUAAUAAAACUGUUUUGUUAUAAUAUAUAACAUUAAUACUUAAUUUAUUACUAAAUAUUAUUUACAGAUGGAACACUAUAAACAGUUUAAAUAAUUAAACAAUUUGCUUAUACUUAAUCCCUAAGGAACAAAAUGUAAAACUGAACAAUAAUUUAUAGACUCAAAAUUACUAUGUAUGUGUAUUAAUGUAGUGAUUAACAGUACUGCCUAGGAUAAGUAUUAGCUACUUAAACUUGUUCACAAUAAUACUGUAUGUAUACUUACCUAUACAUAUACUAUGGUCUACAUAUUUGUGUAUUUACUUUCUUGAGUCUAAAAUAUAUAAUUGUUUAUUUUUAUCAAGUAUUAUUAAAAAUUAUUCUACUUAUUCCAAUGCAGUGGACUAGAUUAUUUUGAUUAUUACUUACAUAAAUAUAUUUUAUUAAUACUUUUAUGUGUGUACACUUACAUUUUAGACACUGAUUGUAUUAAAUAUAGAUAAAUAAGUGUUAUUGUGAACAAGAAUAUUAUUUGUAGUAUAUUUUUGUGAGAACAUGUAUGGAGUGAGAUUAGAGAAUGAUGGGCACAAAUAAAGAAAAAAAAAUAUUUGAAGACAUUUUAAAAUUAUCUUGUUUUAUACACUUGUUUGUUACGUCAUAAAAUCAACAUCAAAUAUUUAAAAUAAUUUUGUAAGGAAGCUUUAUUAUAGAACACAGGUUCUUAAGUAAUGUAACCAAUGUUCUAAAUAGCCUGACAAUUGUAAACUGUUAAUAUAUUUGUUAUAGUCUUAAUACAACAUUGCAUCAGCAUUAUUAAGAUGCACCAAAAUAUAGAAUUCUUAGAUACUAGUUAUACCUAUAAUGUAGAGUACGGCUACAUGCUACAAAUAUGACAGGAAUGCAUUAACAGGCUGUUAUAGACUUGUGUUAACGAACCUAAACUCCAUCAUUAUUAUUUAUCCAAAGAAAUACCCUAUCUAAUUUAUUUAUUUGCCUAUACCUACCUUUAAUAUGGCAGCUAUGUAUAUUUCAUGUAGUUUCAUGGAUAGAAUAUUUCACUUAGGUAAUACGGUAAUUGUCGUCAGAUCUCUAAAUAAAUACGCGUAAUCCAAUGUGUCUUGUCUCGUAUUAAUUACAUACUUACUAUAAGCAUAUUUUGCAUGAAGUGAAGGUACUAAAAUUUUGCGGUUUUAUAAUGUUUAUACAAUGUAUAUAAGUAUACGUAACUAUUUAAACUUUAUUGAAUAAAGUUAUUAUUAAGAAUAAAAAAUUAAUUAUUUUUC